UCUCUUAUUUCCGUAUUAGCUCCACUUUGUGUUCUCUCCUCACACUGCAUCUCUAUUCCACUUUCUCUCUCUAGACCCAGCUUCUCCGAAGCAUCCAUCUCCGAAGCAUCUUUGAAACCCCACUGCAUUUUAUGAGAAUAUCUCAUAUCCCUAAGAAUUCAUUUCCAAAGUUUCUUUUUAUCUGGCAAUUCCAAAGCUGAUCUCUACCCUAUAUAUUCAUAAACAGAGCCCUGUACUGGUCUUCUCUCUCUUCUUUCCCUUUCUAAAUUUAAUUGGGGUUUUAGGUCAAAAUCGAGAAUCAUGACUGUGUUAUCAAAAUCUCUGCCGGUAGGUUACCGAUUUCGUCCGACCGACGAAGAACUCAUCAAUCAUUACUUGAAGUUGAAGAUCAACGGUCAUCAUGAAGAAGUCUGCGUGAUCCGAGAAGUGGAUGUCUGUAAACUCGAACCCUGGGAUUUGCCUGGUUUAUCGGUGAUAGAGUCUCAGGACAACGAGUGGUUCUUUUUCUGUCCGAAGGAUCGGAAGUAUCAGAAUGGACAGAGAUGGAAUAGAGCAACAGAGAAAGGGUACUGGAAGGCGACAGGAAAGGAUAGGUCGAUCAAGGUUGGUAGGGCCAUGCGUGUGAUUGGAAUGAAGAAGACUCUGGUCUUCUAUACUGGGCGUGCUCCUUCUGGUGGAAGAACCAACUGGGUUAUGCACGAAUACCGCGCUACCACUAAGGAGCUUGACGGCACCCACCCCGGUCAGGGUGCCUUUGUCCUGUGUCGCCUUUUCAAAAAAAAUGAUGAGAGGUGUGAAAAAAGGAAAGACGAGAACGCUGAAGGUUCAAACUGUGAAGUUGAAGAUCUGUCUUCUCCUACCAUGGUUAACAAGUCAUCUGCUGAAGAUUCGGAGUCGGUAACUCUAAUUAGUGGGUCACCCCCUGAAGUUCUAAUUAGUGGGACACCCCCUGAAGCUCCUUCCCCUACGGAGGUGCACAGUAUCUGUAACUUUGGUGAUAUAGCAUCUAUCCCGCCGCCGGAUCCAGAGCUGGAUGAAAUGUUGAAAGACUUUUGCGAGACAAUACCAGAUGGCAAAAUGUUCUUGCCAUUGCAUUCGCAGAUGCAAAUGGAGUUUGGAUCUCCAGGUUUGCAUUUUUCCUUCACCAAUGAUGGUAACGAUGCCAACAAAGGCAUGCAGUUUCAGAAUGUCGCAAAUGACCCGGAGUUUACCGCAUUCUUGAAUGAAGUCUUUGUUGACACAGAGGAAAACUCCUGUGAAGAUUCUGGAGGUCACAAGAAUUUGGGCAUUGGAAGUGUAGAACAGCCGCAAGCACUGAUGAAAGCAGUAGUGUGGGAUGGUGAAGGUCACGGGAUGCUUGGGCAGAACUUCAGCCCUCCAGUUGUGAAAACAUCUCCAGGAGCUUGGGAAACUGCUGCUAUUAGCAAUCUAGAGAAGGAUGGAGAUGUUUUACUGCAGCCGGGUCGUGCUCAUGGACUGCAUGGUUUUACUGCUAAUUCUCCUGGCGAGCGCUCUGGUAAUUUGAGGAAUAGUUUUGAAGAAUCAAGCAGUCAUAGCAAUGCAGCAGCCGGUGGUGGUACGGGAAUAAGAAUAAGAAGUAGAUCUCACCAACCACAAAGUCGAACUAUUGCCCAAAACAUCCAUGGAACUGCACCAAGAAGAAUCCGUUUGCAGACGAAAUUUCAAGUUGGAUUGGUUAAUUGCAGCAACUUGCCAGACUCGAGCAAUAACGAAGAUAACCACGAAGUAAAACCAACAGUGACCGAGGCUGAAAAACCCAGAGCGUCCUCCAAGGUUCGUCGAGCGUCUUCAAUUAUGCUUAGGUCACUUGCGGGUGUAGGCUUCUUCAUAAUUAUUGUUGGCAUGUGGAGAUGCCUUAAAUUUUGAAAUUACGUAUUAGAGAUUGAGGACUUGUUUAUGUGCAUAGUUGACCCUAGUUAAUUUGUAGGCAGUGAUUGUUGUAUGUACUGAUUUCUAAAGUUUGUUUAUUAUACUCCUAUCCAUUUAUGUAUACAUUGGAAUAUUUGUUGAAAUGUGGUCUUGUCUUUGUAUGCUGUA